CGCACUCAUGACGUCUGUGGUGCUCAACGAGACAUGGCGAGAGGCCAUGACUCUGCUUCUGCACCAGCUGCAAGUGGAGCUACCAGACGGAGGCAGCGAGAGUGGGCCAGCCCAGGCGAGCAAGGCACCGUCGGCACGGAGUCGGGCAGCGGCGGCAAAGCUGGGCGCUGGGAAAAAGGGACCACCUGGCGAGGUCUUUGACUAUCACGCCCUGGCCUUUGUCAACUACACCAAGAUUGCUUCUCUCUUGGAGGAUGUCUACGAUGGCAUGGUCCAUCCGCAAAAGCGCCGUCAAGUCAAGGUCGUGCUCGACGCGGUGCUCGGCAGGCUGCUCGAGGUCUGGCUGUGGCUGGUCGAGUUUGAGGCGCGAGACCCGCCGAGCCUUGAUUCGGUUCUCCAUGAUCACAAGCUCACAUGGGCCUCUCUCGAUCUUCCCAUCCCGCGCUACUUUCGCGACGACUUUACCGCGCUUCUUCGCCAGCGCGAGGAGCUGCUUGACGCUCUGCUGAUCCAAAAGGAGGCUGCCGACGCCGAGCGCGAGGCCGCCGAGGCUGCUGCCGCGGCUCGGUCCGCAAACGACGCCGAUUCCGACGCUGAUUCUCGCCCUGCGCUCACUGGGGCGGCGGCUGUGCUGGCCGAGUCGGACGCGGCGGCGGCGGCCGAGGUCAAGGCGGCGGCGGCGGCGGCGCUCAUCCGCCGGAUCGAGCGCGCGCGAGCAUGGCGCGUCCACGCCACCCGCAUGGCUGAAGCGCAUGCGGCCGAGGCGCUGCGGUCAGACCUCCACGGUCUCGGCGCCGGCGACGACAACGCGCUGGUCGGCGGCGACGGUUUCGUCGACGUCGAGGCGGCGUCCAACCUUAUCACCCGAGUCGCCCGCGGCCACCUAGUCCGGCGUGAAGUCCGCAUUCUCCGCAAUGAGGAGUUGCAGCUCCUUGGCAUGCAGCGGGAGGAUCGCCGUGAGAUGGACGCGCGCCAGGCCGCUGCCGACUCCGCUGCCCGCGCCCGCAAGAAAGCAGUCCAGGCCGACCACGAAGCCGAGUACCUUGCCGCCCUCGUCAACGUCAAGCAGCGCAUCUACGAGGAGGAGGGCCCGCUGCUCAAAGAGCAGAUGGAGGGCCAGAUCCGCCGCUGGUUCCUCUCUCACCUUCGCCAAACCGGCAAGUGGCCCGACUAUCCGUCCGAGGCUGCCGGCGGCUCAGCAAAGAUCUUCCUCGAGCCACCGGCCAACGUGCCCGGACCGGCCGCCGCCGCCGCCGACGCCGACGGCCCGGCCGCCGGCCGUGGCAAGCGCACGACCUUUGGCGCCAACCGCCGUGGCGGUGACGACGACGACGACCACAUCCCGGUCCCGCCCUCGGCCUAUCUCACAGACAUCCAGGCACGGGUCCUGACCUAUGUCGGCGAGUGGCAGAACAAGGACGAGUCCGACAACUUUGAGCAGCGCCACGAUGACGACAUCAUCCGCGCACGCGCCCGCCCCGACAUCGCCCUCGAGCUGCGGGUCCAGGUUGACGAGGUCAUGCGAGUCGAGCUCGAGGGCAUCAAGAUCAAGUUUACCGGUAAGAAGAAGAAGAAGAAGAAGAAGGGCGGCGCCAAGAAGGGCGCGCCUCGCCAGGCUGGCGCGGGCCCCGCGCCCAAGACGCCCAAGCCCGACGCCGGCGGGCCCGGGCCCACAAAGGGUAAGCGCUCCAAGCGCUCCAAGGACCCCACCGCAGAGUUCUCCACCGAGGAGCUCUACGGCGAGCUCGUCCUCGCAGGCAUUGUGGCCAAGCCGGUGCCAGGCGAGCUGACCGACUUUGUCGGCGAGCCGAACCAUCUUGCUGCAAGCCUCCGCGACGCAGGCAUCGAGCCUGACCCGUCGUACGCCGACGUCCGUCGCGCCGUCACCAUGUACGCCAUUGUCCCGCUCGGCGCCGCCGCCCUAGCCGCCCGCGGCGCAGGCAACAAGGGCAUCCUCAUCGCAGGCCCGCGCGGCUGUGGCAAGUCGAUGCUUGCCCAGCGCAUCGCCUGGCUCACAGGCGCAAACGUGUUUGACCUUUCGCCGAGCAACGUCAAGGGCAAGUACCCGGGCAAGGAGGUCAACAUGCUCCUCCACAAGGUGUUCAAGGUCGCCAAGGCUAUGCCGCCGUCAAUUGUCCUCAUCGAAGACAUCGACCUCAUCUUUACCGCGCCUAAGAAGCUGCCGGCCGAGCACCGCGGCCCCACCGGGCCGCGCCGCCUUCGCAAGCAGCUGCUCAAGCAGGUCAAGAGCCUCAAGCCGCAAGGCCGCGUCAUGGUCGUCGCCACCUCGGCCCAGCCGUGGCUCGCAGACUUCAAGUCGCUGACAAAGGUCACUCCGCGCAUCGUCCACAUCCCUCGCCCCGACUACGCCACGCGCGCCCUCCUCUGGCGUACCUUUAUCGAGGCCAAGGGCCUUUUCCUCCCCGACGCCUUUGACCUCUCCACCCUCGCCCGCCUCUCUGACGGCUACCUUGCCGGUGCCCUGUCCGCCGCCGUCGACGCCGUCCUCACCCCAAUCCGUGCCCGCUCCAUCGCCUCCAUGCCUCUCUCCGUCGCAGAGUUUAUCCAUCCGCUCACCGCCCACGACCCGCUCUUUGCUGAAGACGACGCAAAGUGGCGCAAGUGGCUCGCAAAGCUUCCGCUUGCCAAGGCGCUGCGCCGCAAGAAAGAAGAGGCCGAGGCUGCAGAGGCCGACCGGAAGAAGAACGCCCGCUUCCGCCGAUGAACG